AUGGCGAUUAAGAACAUUGAGACACAAAUGAGUCAAUUAGCCGCUUCCAUAGGAAAGUUAGAAGCACGAGCAGCUGGGAAACUACCAUCUCAACCGUUUGUGAACCCAAGAGAGCACGUUAAUGCGGUGACGUUAAGGAGUGGAAGGCAAGUAGAAGAUCCAAAUCCGGAUACAGGGGCAGAACAUGUACCCGGUACAGGGCCAGAUGGUUUUCCCAUAAAAUUUUAUGUUCUCUGUUGGGAUAUAUCAAAACAUGAUAUUAUGUUGGUUUUUAAGGAGUUGCAGGAGAAGAAUUUUUUGGAUUGGAGGCUUAAAAACACUUUUAUAGCCUUAAUUCCAAAAAAACAAACCAUUGAAGAGAUAAAGGAUUUGAUACCCAUCAGUUUAGUUCAAGGAGUUUACAAAAUUGUCUCUAAGGUAUUGACUGAUAGGUUAAAAGCAGUUUUGCCGGAUUUUAUUUCUUCUCAUCAAAGUGAUUUCAUCAAGAAAAGGAAGAUUCUAGAUGGUGUGUUAGUAGCAAAUGAACUUAUUGAUUCCAGGGAAAGACUUGGAAAACCUGGAUUGUUAAUCAAAGUGGAUUUUGAAAAAGCAUUUGAUCAUGUAAAUUGGGAUUUCUUGGAUGAAAUGUUUGCUCUCAUGGGGUUUGGAAAUAAAUGGAGAAGAUGGAUCAGGUGUUGUGUGGAAUUUGUCAGAUUUUCAGUAUUGAUUAAUGGCCCUUCUGCAGAUGACCCUUUAAUCUUUUUGGAUGCUGACAUUGAACAAAUAAAGAAUCUCAGACUAAUCCUAUUGUCUUUUGAACAACUUACAGUACUACCCACUACUUACUUGGGUCUUCCUCUUGGUGACAAAAGUGGUGGAGUGGCAAAAUGGGAUAAAGUCAUUGAUAAUAUUUCAAAAAUAUUUUACCAGGUUGGAACAAGUCAAUUCUUAGUAGAUCAGAUUGAAAAUAUUAUUAGAGACUUCUUGUGGCAUGAAAAAAAAGGAAGAAGAAAAAUGCAUUUAGUGAAGUGGCCUGCUCUCUACAAAAGAAGAAAAUUUGGAGGUUUGGGUAUUAAAAGCAUUAAGAAAACGAAUCAGGAUCUCUUAACAAAGUGGCAUUGGAGGUAUGCUACAGAAAAAGAAGUUUUAUGGAGGGAAAUUGUGGCUGAGAAGUAUGGCUCUGAAACAAUGAAUUGGUUUUCUAAGAUUCCUAAAUGUUCUUAUGGGAAAUCAGUUUGGAAGGGAAUAAUGCAAUGCAACUCUAUAUUCAGAAGUCAUGUUAAGUUUAAAGCUAAGUCUGGUAGAACUAUAAAAUUCUGGUUGGAUAGAUGGUUGUUGGAUGAACCUUUGUGUUUGAAGUAUCCAAACUUAUUCUCAGUCUCUAAAACUAAAAAUAAUUCAAUUGCAGAGAUUUUUCAAGAAAAUCAAUGGAAUCUGGAAGUUCCUAGAAGACAAAACAAUGAUGUUAGAACUGAACUUGAAGAUCUCCAAAGUAAGUUGCAACUGGUUUUUCUUGACUCCAAUGCAGAUGAUGAAAUUAUAUGGGAUAUUGACAGUAAAGGCUCUUUCACUGUGAAGUCCACUUAUGAUUCCCUUGCUCAAGAUCCAACUGAUAUGGAUUCUUCUUAUAUUUUAAACUAUGUUACUGAAGAAGAUGCCUACAAAGUGUAA